UUAUAUCAAUCUCAGGUGAGCUCGGCUUUCUCAAGCCCGUUUUUUUUUUCUGGCAAUUCUUGCCAGCUUGGAACGUACAGAACCGUUUUGGACCCGCAUUGGACUGGACCAGGAUCUGGCCGGACCAUGUCGGGGCCUCCCGGGUGGAUUGCGGUUUGGGUUUGGGUCACCUUGGUGUCCCUAGCCCGCCUCGGUCAGACACAAUCCGGGACAAACGGUGACGUCCACGGACGUCCGAACGCGGGAUUCUUCCCGGCCCCCGUGUGGAAGUUCCUGGCAGUGUCAGGGCGCGGAGGAGGCACUUUGGACCUGGGUCGGCCGCGGUUCCGUUGCGGCGACACGACGCUUUCUGUCCGCGUGUCCCUCAUCCGACACGCUAAAGCGCGCCUCCCAGACGGGAGGAGGCUGCCGGUGCUGCACGACGCAUGCGCGGCUUCGGUUCGGAGGUUCGGUCCGUGGCUGCUGCUCAAGCUGCCGUACAGCAGCUGUCACCUGCACGCCACGGUGUCAAAUGGAAGACAUUUUCACCAGUUGGAAGUCCAUUAUUUUGACAGUCUGCUGCAGACUAACAUCAUAGGUGUGGCUUCCUGUGAGAAUCCUGCCACCGCCGUGAAACUGACACCACCAUUAGUCCUGUGCAGACCAACACAAAUAAUUGUCAAAGUGCCUCUGGGGACCAAAUUGAUAAGGGUUAAAGAUCUGGGAAAUGACGGUGACAUCCCCUCUACGAUCAGCACGUCGAAUGCAGGUGCUGUGUUUGUGCAGGUCUCUACACCAGCUAAUAUGAGUUCCAUUAUGGAAAUUGUUCUUUUGGACUCUCUCGGGGACAUGUCCACCAUGCUGGCAGCUUGUAACAACGCAACCGCACAAAUUGGACGAAGACGUCAGCCAAGAUCUGUGCAGCAACAUCUCAGGCAUGAACGAGGAGGUGGCGAAGACAGGAAUUUUGAAACUUACAACCCAGAAACGCAAGCAUGCAAGACCCCUGUAACACAGGUGUCGUAUGACGAUGCGCAUAUCUUUGAGUUGUGGGGUUAUGAUGAAAUUCCUCAACGACCAUUUACUGGAGUUGAAACAGGCGACGCAACAUGUGAUCAAAUGCCUGCUAGCCUUACACCAACUCCUUUGAGCAAAGUUCAAACAUCGUCUGAAGUGGCCUGUGCCGCAACUACCUCAACUGCAAGCACAGGUCUGUUCACUGGCAUCUGUUCACCAACACAUACAACUACUACGAAUCUAUGUCCAAUUGUAACUCAAAUUCUGCCUGAAAAUACCCCUGUAGCCCCGUGCCCCUCAGCAGCAAUGGCUUCUACUUCUGUGGCGCCGAGUAUUUGUGCUUUUGCUACUGUUGAAGGUACAACUACUCCUGCCUUGGUGGCAUGCUCUGGUUUGACCAUGACUACUGGUGUACCAAUGGCAACUUCCCUUUCUACAACUAAAACUACUGCCUUACCAGCAACAACCAAUCCCGAUGUACCAAACAUCCAAUCUUUCAGUAGGCCAACAUCUGUAUCUUCCAAUUGGCCAACACCUCCUGAAUCAACAGCUACUACACCAGAAUCGUUUCAAUGGCCAACACUUCCUCAAAUAAUUCGAACUCCAAAAACAACCAUUACUGAUGUACAAAGCCCUACAACUCUUGUGACACCUUACAAAACUACAACACAACCAGAAACAACCAAUCCUGAUGGGCCAAGCACCAUUUUUUCUCAAUGGCCAACAUCCCCUGAAUUAACUACCACAUCAAAAACAACCAGUCCUGAUAUACCAAGCCUCACAACACCACUUGUGACAACCACUUCUGAACAAACUGUGAUGGCAGUAACAACGAAUCUUGAUGUACGAAGCUCUGCAACUCUUGUGCCACCUUCAGAAACUACAACACCAGAAAACACCAGUCCUGAUGUACCAAGCACCAAAUCUUCUCAAUGGACAACACCGCAAUUAACUUCAACUAUUACUGAUGUACAAAGCUCUACACCUCUUAUGACAACUUCAGAAACUACAACACAACCAGAAACAACCAGGCUUGAUGUACCAAGUACCAAAUCUUCUCAAUGGACACAACCUCGUGAAUUAACUACAACCCUAGAAACAAACAGUUCUGAUGUACCAAGCCCCACAACGCUGAUUUUGACAACCACUCCUAAACUAACUAAUACGAUGCCAGUAAUAACCAGUCGUGAGGUACGAAGCUCAACAACUACUUGGGCACCUUCAGAAACAACAACACCAGAAAGGAUCAUUCCUGAUGCACCAAGCACCAAAUCUUCUCAUUGGUCAACACCUCCUGAAUUAACUACAAUACAAGAAACAACCAGUCCUGAUGUACCAAGCCCUACAACUCCAUUUGUAACAACCACUUCUGAACCAACUGAUAUGAUGGUCUUAACAACCAGUCAUGUACAAAGCCCUACAACUCUUAUGGCACCUUCAAAAACUACAGCACAACCAGAAAUAACCAGUCCUGAUGGGCCAAGCACCAAAUCUCAAUGGACGACACUUCAAUUAACUUCAACUUCCGAAAAAACCCUGACUGAUGUGCGUAUCGCUACAACUUUUGUGACACCUUCAGUAACUACAACACAACUAGAAACAACCAGUCCUGAUAUACCAAGCCCCACAACGCCACUUGUGACAACCACUUCUCAACCAACAAAUAUGAUGGCAGUAAUAACCAGUCCUGGUGUACGAAGCUCAACAACCUCUCUGGCACCUUCAGAAACUACAACACCAGAAAGUAUCAGUCCUGAUGCACCAAGGACCAAAUCUUACCUUUGGUCAACAUCUCCUGAAUUACCAACUACAAUACCAGAAACAACUAGUUCUUAUGUACCAAGCCCUACAACUCCACUUGUAACAACCACUUCUGAACUAACUGAUUUGGUGGCCUUAACCAGUCCUGAUGUACAAAACCCUAGUACUCUUGUGACACCUUCAACACAACCAGAAACAACCAUUGUUGAUGUUGAAAGUACCAUAUCUUCUCAGUGGUCAACACCUCUUGAAAUAGCUAUGACCGAAAAGACAAGUACCGAUGAAGGAAUCCCUACACCGCUUGUGACACCUUCAGAAACGACCGAAACAGCCAGUUCUGACUUGCCAACUACCAAAUCUUUGGAGGGGCCGGCGCCUUUUGAAUUAACAGAUGCAACACGAAAAACAACCACUAAUGAUGUACCAAGCACCAAAUCUUCAAUUUGGCCAAUACCUACUGAAUCAACAACUAUAACACAAGAAACAACCAGUCCUGAUGUACCAAGCCCCAAAUCUUCUCAAUGGACAAAACCUCCCGAAUUAACUACAAUUCUAGAAACAACCAGUACUGAUGUACGAAGCCCUACAAAUCAUGUGACACUCUCAAAGACUACUACAUUACAAGCAAUAGUCAGUCCCGAUGUCCCAAUCACAAUAUCUUAUCAAUGGCCAACAUCCUCUGAAUUAAUAAAAACAUCAGAAAAAAACAGUACUGAUGUACCAAGCCUCACAACACCACUUGUGAUAACCACUUCGGAACAAGCUAAUGCGAUGGCAGGAAUAACCAGUCUUGAUGUACUUGGCUCUGCAACUCUUAUGCCAUCUUCAGAAACUACAACACCAGACAACACUGGUCCUGAUGUACCAAGAACUUCAGAAACAACCAUUACUGAUGUACGAAGCUCUACAACUUUUGUGACACCUUCAGAAACUACAACACCACUAGAGACAACCAGUCCUGAUAUACCAAGCCCCACAACGCCACUUGUGACAACCACUUCUCAACCAACCACUAUGAUGGCAGUAAUAACCAGUCCUGGUGUACGAAGCUCAACAACCCCUCUGGCACCUUCAGAAACUACAACACCAGAAAGGACAAUUUCUGAUGCACCGAGCACCAAAUCUUCUCAUUGGUCAACACCUCCUGAAUUAACAACUACAAUACAAGAAACAAGCAGUCCUGAUGUACCAAGCCCUACAUCUCCACUUGUAACAACCACUUCUGAACCAACUGGUAUAAUUGUCUUAUCAACCAGUCAUGUACAAAGCCCUACAACUAUUGUGACACCUUCAAAAACUACAACACAACCAGAAACAACCAGUCCUGAUGUACCAACUUCUCAAUGGCCAACAUCCCCUGAAUUAACUACAUCAAAAACAACCAGUCCUGAUGUACCAAGCACCAAAUCUUCUCAAUUGACAACACCUCAAUUAACUUCAACUUCAGAAACAACCAUUACUGAUGUACAAAGAUCUACAACUCUUGUGACACCUUCAGAAACUACAACACAACCAGAAACAACCAGUCCUGAUGCACCAACUUCUCAAUGGCCAACAUCCCCUGAAUUAACUACAUCAAAAACAAUCAGUCCUGAUGUACCAAGCACCAAAUCUUCUCAAUUGACAACACCGCAAUUAACUUCAACUUUAGAAACAACUAUUACUGAUGUACGAAGCUCUACAACUCUUGUGACAACUUCAGAAACUACAACACAACCAGAAACAACCAGUUAUGAUGUACCAAGCCCCACAACGCCAAUUGGGACAACCACUUCUCAACCAACUAAUACGAUGCCAGUAAUAACCAGUCGUGAGGUACAAAGCUCAACUCUUUUGGCACCUUCAGAAAGUACAACACCAGAAAGGACCAUUUCUGAUGCACCAAGCACCAUAUCUUCUCAUUGGUCAACACCUCCUGAAUUAACAACUACAAUACAAGAAACAAGCAGUCCUGAUGUACCAACUUCUCAAUGGCCAACAUCCCCUGAAUUAACUACAUCAAAAACAACCAGUCCUGAUGUACCAAGCACCAAAUCUUCUCAAUUGACAACACCUCAAUUAACUUCAACUUCAGAAACAACCAUUACUGAUGUACGAAGCUCUACAACUCUUGUGACAACUUCAGAAACUACAACACAACCAGAAACAACCAGUCCUAAUGUACCUACUUCUCAAUGGCCAACAUCCCCUGAAUUAGCUACAACAUCAAAAACAACCAGUCCUGAUGUACCAAGCACCAGAUCUUCUCAAUUGACAACACCUCAAUUAACUUCAACUUCAGAAACAACCAUUACUGAUGUACAAAGAUCUACAACUCUUGUGACACCUUCAGAAACUACAACACAACCAGAAACAACCAGUUAUGAUUUACCAAGCCCCACAACGCCAAUUGGGACAACCACUUCUCAACCAACUAAUACGAUGCCAGUAAUAACCAGUCGUGAGGUACGAAGCUCAACUCUUUUGGCACCUUCAGAAACUACAACACCAGAAAGGACAAUUUCUGAUGCACCAAGCACCAAAUCUUCUCAUUGGUCAACACCUCCUGAAUUAACAACUACAAUACAAGAAACAAGCAGUCCUGAUGUACCAAGCCCUACAACUCCACUUGUAACAACCACUUCUGAACCAACUGAUAUAAUGGUCUUAUCAACCAGUCAUGUACAAAGCCCUACAACUAUUGUGACACCUUCAAAAACUACAUCACAACCAGAAACAACCAGUCCUGAUGUACCAACUUCUCAAUGGCCAACAUCCCCUGAAUUAACUACAACAUCAAAAACAACCAGUCUUGAUGUACCAAGCACCAAAUCUUCUCAAUUGACAACACCGCAAUUAACUUCAACUUCAGAAACAACCAUCACUGAUGUACGAAGAUCUACAACUCUUGUGACACCUUCAGAAACUACAACACAACCAGAAACAACCAGUCCUGAUAGACCAAGCACCAAAUCUUCUAAAUGGCAAACACCUCAAUUAACUUCAACUUCAGAAACAACCAUUACUGAUGUACGAAGAUCUACAACUCUUGUGACACCUUCAGAAACUACAAUACAACCGGAAACAACCAGUUAUGAUGUACCAAGCCCCACAACGCCAAUUGGGACAACCACUUCUCAACCAACUAAUACGAUGCCAGUAAUAACCAGUCGUGAGAUACGAAGCUCAGCAACUCCUUUGGCACCUUCAGAAACAACACCACCAGAAAGGACCAUUCCUGAUGCACCAAGCACCAAAUCUUUUCAUGGGUCAACACUUCAUGAAUUAACUACAAUACAAGAAACGACCAGUCCUGAUGUACCAAGCCCUACAACUCCACUUGUAACAACCACUUUUGAACCAACUGAUAUGAUAGUCUUAUCAACCAGUCAUUUACAAAGCCCUACAACUCUUGUGACACCUUCAAAAAUUACAACACAACCAGAAACAACUAGUCCUGAUGUACUAAGCCCCAAAUCUUCUCAAUGGCCAAUAUCCCCUAAAUUAACUACAACAUCAAAAACAACCAGUCCUGAUUUACCAAGCCCCACAACACCAGAAACAACCAGUCCUGGUGUACAAAUCACUAAAUCCUCUCAAUGGUCAAUACCUCUUAUAACAACAACAGAAAGGACCAGUCCUGAUGUACCAAGGACCAAAUCUUCUCCUUGGUCAACAUCUCCUGAAUUAACAACUACAAUACCAGAAACAACCAGUGCUUAUGUACUAGGCCCUACAACUCCACUUGUAACAACCACUUCUGAACCAACUAAUAUGGUGACCUUAACCACCCCUGAUCUACGAAACCCUAGAACUCUUGUGACACCUUCAGAAACUACAACACAAUCAGAAACAACCAAUGUUGAUGUUGCAAGCACCAAAUCUUCUCAUUGGUCAACACCUCCUGAAAUAACUCCGACUGAAACAACCAGUACUGAUGAAGGAAGCCCUACACCGCUUGUGACACCUUCAGAAAUGACCGAAACAGCCAGUUCUGACAUACCAAAUACCAAAUCUUCUGAGGGGCCGGCGCCUCUUGAAUCAACCGCUGCAACACUAAAAACAACCACUAAUGAUGUACCAAGCACCAAAUCUUCAAUUUGGCCAACACCUACUGGAUCAACAACUAUAACACAAGAAACAACCAGUCCUGAUGUACCAAGCCCCAAAUUUUCGCGGUGGUCAACACCUGAUUUAACAACUAAAAUACCAGAAACAAACAGUCCUGAUAUACCAAACACCAAAUCUUCUCAAUGGACAACACCUGAAUUAACUUCAACUUCAGAAUCAACCAUGACUGAUGUACGAAGCUCUACAACUCUUGUGACACCUUCAGAAACUACAACACAACCAGAAACACCCAGUUCUGAUGUACCAAGCCCCACAACGCCAAUUGUGACAACCACAUCUCAACCAACUAAUACGAUGCCAGUAAUAACCAGUCAUGAGCUACAAAGCUCAACAACUCCUUUGGCACCUUCAGAGACUACAUCACCAGAAAGGACCAUUCCUGAUGCACCAAGCACCAUAUCAUCCCAUUGGUCAACACUUCCUGAAUUAACAACUACAAUUCAAGAAACAACCAGUCCUGAUGUACCAAGCCCUACAACUCUACUUGUAACAACCACUUCUGAACCAACUGAUAUGAUGCUCUUAACAACCAGUCAUGUACAAAGCCCUACAACUCUUGUGAAACCUUCAAAUACUACCACACAACCAGAAACAACCAUUCCUGAUUGGCCAAGCACCAAAUCUUCUCAAUGGCCAACAUCCCCUGAAUUAACUACAACAUCAAAAACAAUCAGUACUGAUGUAAGUAUCCCUACAUUUCGUGUGACACCUUCAGAAAGUACAACACCAGAAACCACCAGUACUGAUGUACCAAGCACCAAAUCGUUUCAAUGGCCAACACCUCAAUUAACUGGAACUCCAGAAACAACCAUUACUGAUGUACAAAGCCAAACAACUCUUGUGACACCUUCAGAUACUACAAACCCAGAAACAACCAGUCCUGCUUGGCCAAGCACCAAAUCUUCUCAAUGGCCAGCAUCCCUUGAAGUAACUACAUCAAAAACAAGUCUUGAUGUAGAAAGUCUCACAACACCACUUGUAACAACCACUUCUGUACCAACUAAUGUGAUGGCAGUAAUAACCCGUCCUGAUGUAAGAAGCUCUACAACUCUUGUGCCACCUUCAGAAACUACAACACCAGAAAACACCAGUCCUGAUGUACCAAGCCCCACAAUUCCAGUUUUGACAGCCACUUCUGAACCAAUUAUCACCUUGAGAUUAGUAACCAGUCUUAAUGUACCUAGCCUUACAACUCCUGUGACACCCUCAAAAAAAACUACCUUGCCAGAAACAACCAGUUCUGUUGUACCAAGCACAAAAUCUUCUAAUUGGCCAUCGCCUCCUGAAUCAACAAGUACAACCAGUUCUGAUGUACCAAGCACCAAAUCUUCUCAAUGGAAAACACUUCAAUUAACUUCAACUUCAGAAAAAACCCUGACUCAUGUGCGUAUCUCUACAACUCUUGUGACACCUUCAGAAACUACAAUACAACUAGAAACAACCAGUCCUGAUGUACCAAGCACCACAUCUUCUCAAUGGCCAACAUCCCCUCAACCUGAAUUAACUACACCAAAAACAACCAGUCCUGAUAAACUACAACACAACCAGAAACAACCAGGCUUGAUGUACCAAGCACCAAAUCUUCUCAAUGGACACAAGCUCCUGAAUUAA